UCUCACCGCAGUUGAACAAAGUCAACAUGUUCUCCAUUGUCCUGGCAUCUGUGCUCAUCGCUAGCGCCUUCGGGUGCGGCACUCCCGCCACCGAGCCCCUCAUGACUCGUGUAGUCAACGGAGUGGACGCCAUCCCCAACAGCUGGCCCUGGCAGAUCUCCCUGCAGUACCAGAGGAAUGGUCAGUGGGGGCACACCUGUGGAGGAUCUCUGAUUGCCACCAACUGGGUCAUGACCGCUGCCCACUGCAUCAACACUGACCUGACCUACAGAGUCUUUGUUGGAAAGCACAACCUGGUGACAUUUCGUCACACCGACAGCAUGACAGUUUGGAAGUGGAACAUUUAA